AUGAGUAUCUCUCACAACAUACCACUCACUGUUGAUGCCCUUCGCGUGAACCCUCAACUACGUUUACUACCGAAUGUGGAAGGUGGCCGGCAGUACAAUUUACCAAGUGUUAAUGCCGAGGUAGCUGCUCUGAUCAUCCCGUCCGAGUUCGGCCAGCGCGGCUACAGAGAUAUUCAAUUAUACCUUCGAGAGGCGCCUUCACUUACACGGGCCACCGAUCUGAUUUCAGUUGAUGGUGACAACUCGGAUAGUGAUAUGAUCGAGAAUCCGGCACAAGUUACGCCAGCUUUAGUGGAAAGCUCGGGGUGA